ACACAAAAAAUCAUUCUUCUCAUUACUAUUCUAUCUUUAAUUCUUACAACAUGGUAUCAGAGCAAUCUAUUCCAGUUUAGCUUAGCAGUAUUUUUCAGAAUCUCAGUUCAUGCCUCAGCCAGAACCUUAGCCCAAAAUUCAGAACCUCAGUCCAAAAUCCACAGUUUCAAAUAGCAUCACCUCCACCCUAAGCAGUCACGCCCUCCGCCGCCGACCUUACACUCGAAAUCCGCAGGCCACACGCGCCGUCAGAGGACCUCGCAGACCUAAUCGCAGACCCAAUCGCCGGAGAAUACAUCGGAACUAUUUUCCGGUGUCUUGAACGGUAUUAUCUUUCUGUGACUUUGCUUAUCAAGUAACAACGACAUUCAAGGAUAGUAUUUUGGUCGCUGUAAGUUUACCUAAUACAUAGCAUCUUAUUUCUGCAAUUAAAAAAAAAAGUCAAAAAAAAAAGUCAAAAAAAAAAAAGAAAAAAAUCAAAAAAAAAAAUGCCUGGUUCUGAUACAGACACUUCCACCGUACAACAUGCUCAGCCUUUGGUAGUUUCCGAAGUUAUUCCCAUUAAUUUUAAAAUUACUGAGAAUAAACUUUGUGGCUCUAACUAUCUUGAAUGGAGUAAAACUAUCAAACGUUAUUUACGAAGCAUUGAUAAAUACACCCACUUAGUUGAUGACCCGCCAAAGGAGGAGAUUGAUAGAGCUGCUAAUGCUGUAUGGCUUCGUGAUGAUUCUAGAUUAUUUAUCCAGAUUCAGAACUCCAUGGAGAAUGACGUCAUGGGGUAUGUUAGUCAUUGUGAUACUGUGAAAGAACUCUUUGAUUAUUUGGAAUUUAUGUAUUCUGGCAAAGGUAAUCUUAACCACAUCUAUGAGGUGUGCAAAGCCUUUUACAGGGCAGAAAUGAAAGAUAAGCCUCUCACAGCUUAUUUUAUGGAUUUCAAGAAAACGUAUGAAGAACUUAAUACCUUAAUGCCCUUUAGUCCUGAUAUCAAAGUGCAGCAGAAACAACGCGAACAAAUGGCAGUCAUGAGCUUUUUGGCUGGUCUUACGUCUGAUUUUGAAACAGCCAAAUCACAUAUCCUAUCUAGUGAUGUGGUCUCUUCUCUUCAAGAUGCUUUCAGUAGAGUGCUUCGCACUGACACUUCAUCCACAUCAUCAGCACCUCAGCCAAGCAAUGCUUUUGUAGGACAAGUCCCAACAUUCCCCAAUGGAGGUGAGAAGUGGCCACGCACAGGACCGAUUGGCAAAGGAGUAGUAUGCAACUACUGUAAGAAACUCGGACACUUGAUCAAAGAUUGUCGAAAGCUAAAGUUCAAAAUUCAAGGAAAUCAAGUCGCUCACAUUGCUUCCGCUACACAGCCAUCUAAUGGAUCCAUCAUUAUGUCUUCGGAGGAAUAUGCCAAAUUCCUAGGUUACCAGGAGGCUCUAAAGCAUUCAUCUACUCCUAUCUCAGCUGUAGCUAAUUCAGGUAAUCCAAACACAUGUCUUGUAUCUUCAUCCUCAAAAUGGGUUAUCGAUUCAGGAGCAACAGAUCAUAUGACAGGAUCUGUUGACGAAUCAGGUUAUUGGUAAAGGAUAUGAGUCGGCCGGUCUCUAUCUCU